GAAUCACGCAGCAAGACACCCUCAGACAAUCAUCUAUACGACACCUGCCAUUAUGAGGGCCCAUCGCUUCAUUUGGAGCAUACAAACAUGCCUUCAUGCACGCGGCACCCCCGCUGGAUCACCAUCGGCUGUAUCAUCUUUUCUAUCAUGCUGUCAUAUACUAUUUACUUAAGUCAGAACCGGCAGCCUCGUGGAAUUGGUUACUCGGACUUUGGACAGAAGUGGCAGUGGCAGUGGCCAGAGAUGGAUCCGUAUAAG